CAGGUAUUUGGACAAAAUGGCUCUGACAAAUCCCAUGAACAACAUGCCUAUGGGCCCUUGGAAGAUCACCGUGUACGACCAGUACAACUUCCAGGGCAGGCGUAUGGAGUUCACCUCCUGCUGCAAUAACAUCAUGGAGUGUGGUAUGGAGAACGUGCGCUCCCUCAAGGUGGAGUGUGGCGCCUGGGUGGGCUAUGAGCACUCCAGCUUCAACGGCCAGCAGUUCAUCCUGGAGAGGGGAGACUACCCCUGCUGGAGGGCCUGGAGCGGCAACACCGCCUACCACGUGGAGAGACUGCUGUCCUUCCGCCCCAUCUACUCCGCCAGCCACAAGGAGUGCCGCAUGAUGGUGUACGACUGCCCCAACAUGUCCGGAAAGCAGUGGGAGAUGUGUGAUGACUACCCCUCCCUCCAGGGCAUGGGAUGGCAGAAUAGCGAGGUCGGAUCCAUGAUGGUGCAGAGUGGAGCCUGGGUGUGCUACCAGUAUCCCGGUUACCGUGGUUACCAGUACAUCAUGGAGUGCGACAAUCACGGAGGCGAGUACAAGCACUACAGGGAGUGGGGCAACCACGCUCAGACCUUCCAGAUCCAGUCCAUCCGCAGAAUCCAGCAGUAG